AAUAUGAAUACCCUCAUUUGACAUCCUCGGCCCAUAUGUAAUACAACACCCUGCCCAAACCCUGAACUAAACCUCUCAGCUUCCCUCUCUCAUAAGCCAUACCCCAUACCCAUACGAAUGGUUCUUCAAAGCUCGUUCCAGAUAAAAUGGAAGCAAAGUAUUUCCGAAUUUUGAGGCUAUUAGGAACUGGUUACAAAGCUAGAGCUGAAGCAGACGGUCGCUUGUUGUGUCUAAAACUGGGUUACAGCCAUGAAGUUGAAUUGCCAGUUCCAGCUGCUGUUCGUGUCUUCUGCUUUAAACCUGACAUGAUUUGCUGUGCUGGGAUCGAUAAAGAGCGAACACAUCAGUUUGCUGCUGCGGUUCGGAGUGUCAAACCCCCUGAUUCAUACAAAGAGAAAGGUAUGCGUUACAAAGAUGAAGUCAUAAAGUUGAAACCUGGGAAGAAGGAUAGAUUGAAGUAAUAGAGGUUUGUUUUUGUGCUUAUCAGAAAUUGUGUCUGCACAUUGUUGACUAUAGUUUAUAGGUUGAGUUUGUAGUUUGAUUCUGCUAAAGUAAAGAUUGCUUUAUGAAUUACAAGCAAUUAGGCAAUGAUUCUUGCUGGACCUUCUUGAGAAAAAAUUGAGUAAUGUUCAACUUUGAGUUAUUCAUCUUGUAGAAGUUUUGGGCUAAUCUCAAGACUUUCCUUCCGAGAUUAGGACAGUAAUGAAGAAUCUUAUCAUCGGUCCAAA